GAACGGAGCUGCAAACGAAACCCGAGCUCCUCCUCCUCCACGGCUCCACUUCCACCCACCGCGCCACGCGCCACCGCCGCCGCCGCCGCAGCGUCCGGGCGACUCGGGAUGAACAGGAUGACGGCGCCGCACGGGGGGAUGCCGCCGCCGGCGGCGCCGGGGCAGGGGCUGGCGAGGUACGGGUCGGCGCCGGGGUCGCUGCUUGCGUCGAUCGCCGACUCGGUGAUACGGGGCGGCGGGGUCGGGGUCAGGGUCGAACAGCUGCGUCAUCAUCCGGCGAUGGUGCCGCCGGCGCAGGCGGCCGUGGGGAGGUACUUCUCGGCGGAGUCGUCGGGGCUGACCUCCUGCGAGUCCAGCUGCAGGACGACGACCACCACCACCACUACCACCGCGGACGUGGGGCGUCCGCCGCUCGAGAGGGCGUACGGCGGCUCCGGCGAGAUCCACCUCGCGGCGCACGACGCCGCCCCGAUCGGCGGCGUCGGGGUCCCGCUCUUCCGCCACAGCAGCUCCCCCGCCGGCCUCCUCUCCCGCCUCAUGGCUGACCCCCACGGCAUGGCUGCGACGAGAGGGAUCGGGAGCUACUCCGGCAGCGACGCGAUGGCGCACAGGAGGCUGAGCUCGCAGUGGAGCUUCUCGAGGCAGGACCUGCCGCAGAUAUCGGAGAUGGGCGGCAUCAUACCCGACAUCGGGGAGAGCAUCGUCACCGGCGGCGGCUGCAACAGCUCCAGCGACGGUGGCGCCGGCCACGGCGCGCAGUCGUCGUCCUUCCUCUCCAGGAACUUCUCCAUGAGCUCCUGGGACGACACCAACUCCAUCAUGUUCUCUCCCCCUAGCAGCAGCAAGAAGGCCAGAGUAGGCGGCGACCAUGGCGAUGACAUGGUCUCCAGCUUCAGCAACAUCGACUCCCAGUUUGGCUUGUCGAAGUCGUCUCUGGAGAUGUCCAGCAUGGAUGACUUCAUGCAGCUUCAGCCGGACUCCGUCGCCUGCAGAGCACGCGCCAAGCGCGGGUGCGCGACGCACCCGCGGAGCAUUGCUGAGAGGGAGAGGAGAACGAGGAUCAGCAAGAGGCUGAAGAAGCUGCAGGAUCUCGUGCCAAACAUGGACAAGCAAACAAAUACAUCAGACAUGUUGGAUAUUGCUGUAAACUACAUUAAAGAGCUCCAAGGCCAAGUUGAGAAGCUCAAACAUGAUCAAGCAAACUGCACUUGCUUGGGCAAGCAGAAUUGCUAACACUGGUGAACCAGGUCUCCAAGCUAAUGUUGUACUUGUACCGAUGUGAUUGGUGAACCCAAAGUUUUGCUUCAGAAGAUUAGGGUGUAAAAGCACUUCACAUGUCAAGUGGCCUCCAUGCCUCACCCUCCCCUUUAUUGGUCGUGUUAUGGACAACGUCAAUGACUUGAAGAGUAGGCGGUGACAAAGUAGAUUAAUUGUUGUAUUUGAAUUAUUGUAAGGCAGUGGCUACUGGCUUGUAUGUAAAAUCAUCCAUUUCAACGCCAAUGGGAUUGCUUCUUAUCAUCAUUGCUCUUAAUAAAAGUAUCCUCCUCUUUGGCA